CGUCAGGUCGUAGUGGGUGGGGCUCAGAGCCCCGUUUCCUUGGCUACCGCCGGCAGCUGCCCUACGCGUGGCCUGUUUGCUUUGCAGACAUGGAGGCUGCUGCAGGCUUGAAGGACGACUGCGAGGCCCUGCUCAGCCGCUUCCAGGAGAUGGACAGCGUGCGCUUCGAGGACUUCACUGAGCUCUGGAGAAGUAUGAAGUUCGGAACCAUCUUCUGUGGUAGAAUGAGAAAUUUAGAAAAGAACACGUUUACAAAAGAAGCUUUGACUUCGGCUUGGCGAUAUUUUUUACCUCCAUACACCUUCCAGAUCAGAGUUGGUGCUUUGUAUCUGCUAUAUGGAUUAUACAAUACGCAACUUUGUCAACCAAAACAAAAGAUUAGAGUUGCCCUGAAGGAUUGGGAUGAAAUUUUAAAAUUUCAGCAAGAUUUGAUAAAUGCACAACAUUUUGAUGCAGCUUAUAUUUUCAGGAGACUACGACUAGACAGAGCAUUUCACUUUACAGCAAUGCCCAAAUUGCUGUCAUACAGAAUGAAGAAAAAAAUUCAACGAACUGAAAUUACUGAAGAAUUUAAGGACCCAAAUGAUCGUGUAAUGAAACUUAUCACUUCUGAUGUACUAGAGGAAAUGAUGAACGUUCAUGACCAUUAUCAGAGAAUGAAACAUGUAAUUUCAGCUGACAAAUCCAAUCCGGAAAAAUCCCUCAAUUUGAUAAAAGAUGAUUUUUUUGACAAUAUCAAGAACAUAGUUUUGGAGCAUCAGCAGUGGCACAAAGACAGAAAGAAUCCACCCUUAAAACUGAAAGUUAAAGGUGGAGAAGAAAAAAGUGAGAGAAAUUCACAACAAUCAGAGAGAUGUGAAAGGGCAGAAUCAUUAGCGAAAAUAAAAUCAAAGGCCUUUUCAGUUGUUGUUCAGGCAUCAAAGUCAAGAAGGCACCGUCAGGUCAAAGUUGACUUUUCUGAUUCUGAAUCCAGCCAAGUACAAACCAAAACAACUAGGAAAAGAAGAAACAAAGAAACGUUGAAACCAGCAGGAAGGAAAGUGUCUUCCAGAGACAGAGGUGACAUGCAGAAUCUACAUAAGGAAGAUAAUUCUUUAAGUCUGAGUAUGCCUGUGGUUGCAGAAGAGGAUGAGGAGAAUGAAAGUUUUAGUGAAACAGAGUUCACUGCACCCAAGAGGAGAAGAAAACAGAGAACAAAAAGCUAGGCUCCCCACUCCAGUAUCCUUGGACUUUCCUGGUAGCUCAGCUGGUAAAGAAGCCACCUGCAAAGCGGGAGACCUGGGUUUGAUCCCUGGGUUGGGAAGAUUCCCUGGAGAAGGGAAAGGCUGCCCACUCCAGUACUCUGGCCUGGAGAAUUCCAUGGACUGUAUAGUCAUGGGGUCACAGAGAGUCAGACAUGACUGGGCGACUUUGACCUACUCACUUAUUCACAUGUAAAUUGUUAGUUAUUUUAUAUCUACAGUUUGGUAACAGAUUUGUUUAUGGUGUAUAUUAACUAUUGUAUAUAUUAUGUUGUAAAGUGCACUAAAGUUUUUGCCAUAAUUUGCUUUAUUUUUUUAAUAUUUGAGACUUAUAUGGUCAGUAACUUAUAUGAUUGAUAACUUAGAAAGGUCAGUUUUUACUUCUGUAAUCAAUUAAGUAUCCUUUGGUGCUUGUUUUAAAGCUCCCUUUGGCCUAACAUGUCAGUAUGUAUACGUGCAUGUUUAUGUAUGUAUAGAUAUAUCUGUGUCCAUUUAUGCAUAUAAUAUGACUAGUCAAUACACUGGGUACAACAUUUAAAUACUGAUUAUUCUAAUAAAACCUUUAAGAACAUGUCUGUGGUACAGAAAGGUGGUACUCACAAAAAAAUUCUGUAGCUUCGUGAAUGUGCCUCUGUUAAUUUCUCAUUUGAGAGAUUUAGAUGGAGAUUGCUUCAGCCAUACUGUUUGAAUUGCUGCCAGUAGCAGACCACCUGCGUAUCAUGUGGCUGGCUCAGCCUGUCUUAAAGUUGAUUAUACUCUGUGUUGUUUUCCCAUGUGGUAUGUUCAGGACUUCUGCAAAUGCCCUGUGAGGGAAAAUAAUGCUAGCCCAGGUAAAAAUUUCAUUUAUUAGAAUCUGUGCUAUAAUGUUAGCUGUGAAACAGAACUGUUUCCCUUGCCUGAUUUCAGAUUUUUCUGAUAAUUGAGGGACAGUUUCUAUGAUAGGUAUAUUGGACAGAGCUUCUAGGGUUUAAAUAUUCUAGCACUGGGGCUUGCAGAGAUGUGGAUCCAUUACCUGGCAACUUAUAUACCAGGUUAUUUGCUAGGCUUCUUUGGAUCAUUAAAUUUUACAAACAUUGUAUAACCAAAACA